AUGAAGACUCCUCUGCCAAAAAUGAUAAAGACGACGCGCAACCUCCCAAUGAAAUUCAACAGCGAAAAAAAAAAACCUGGAGCAAUCGGUGAACGGUACAAUCUGGGAAGUGAAGGAAAUAGCAACGAGGCGGCACUUGGUAUCAGG